AUGACAGAUAUUGCAACUACACCGCAACCAAGACCACAGGCGGCCACAUCAUCAUCAGCCUCCUCCUCCAUGAACCCUUCCGUCAUUUCAUCACCACCAAGUGACAUGAAGCAGAGUGGGGAUAUUCCUGCAACAUCCGCUCCAACGAGUAGUUCAUCAGCAGAUCCUGAAACGGGUCAAUCGUCAACACCACCAGAACCAUCUGAAACGACACAACCUGUUGAGAAUAAUAACGCUCCUCCAAAACCAGCAUUUUCAUGGGGCAAGCCUAUUAAUGUUGUUGCAAAGGAUACUGCUCCCAAUGGCAGCAGUAGCAGUAGCAGUACAACAACAACAACAACAACAACAACUGCUGCCAAAGCCAAGAGUCUACUUUCCAUCAUGCAAGAAGAGCAAGAAAUCUCCAAAUCGCAACAGGCUCAAAAGGAAGAGGAUGACUUUAUGAAGCAAGCCAUUCAACAAUCAUUGGCAAUGCAACAGCAAGAAGAAGAUGAUUUGGCACUCGCCUUGAGGUUGUCCCAACUGGAUGCAGGAAUUACCGACAAGCCUACUGCUAUGGCCAUGAAUGGUGGUGGUGGUGGUGGUGGGACUAAAUCAACGCCUCCGGCCACAUCUGGUGAUCGAAAGCAAGCUCCAGUGUCCGCCGAGGCCAAAGUACCAGAGACGUCAACCCUUGCUGCUACUACUGCUACUACUGCUACUGCUACUACUGCUACUACUGCUACUACUAGUGAUAGUACAAGUGCCGCUUCCAUUCCCGCCGCCGCCACAGCAGCAGCAUCCAGUGGUGAUGGUGGUGGUGGUGGUGGUGGUCUUUCGGAAGAUGAAUUGGCAUCGAUUCAAUUGGCGAUUCAACAGGCCGAAGACGAAGACAUGCAAAAGUCUUUGCAACUUGCCAUGCAACUGGAACUGGAAAAUGAAAGCUUAUUGCGCACCAAGCAGCAGCAGCAGCAGCAACGAAGCGGUGGCGGCAGCAGCAGUAUACAAAACCAAGGCAACGUGCGAGUCAUUUCACGAGAAGAGUACCUGUUGGAACAGAAGGGACUCUUGCUGAAAAAGGAUCAUGGCGAUGUGGACGAAGAAUAUUACUACCAGCAUCAUCAAGCAAAUAACACGGGUGCCGGAUUCCGAAUCAAUGCCCAACAUGCUUCUUCCAAUCCUAAUUGGACCCGAUUGGACGGCUUUGUGGUCGGCCCGAAUGAUGAAAUUCGUACCAAGCACGAUCCCGAAUUGCAAGGUCAAGCCAAUGCCCAUCGAUUGCAUUUGGACGAUGAGUAUGAUCACUACGAAGUGAAUGGUGGUGGUGGUGGAAAAAGCAAAGGAUUGAGGGUGGGCAACAAGGCCUACAAUUCCUUUCAACAAACCAUGAAGAAAAAGACCGUCAAGGGUGUGGCAUCUCAUGGCCAAGGUCGGGCCAAUACGGAUACCGAAAAGACCAAGGAAGGUGCUUUGGACAGUAGAGUCCGAUUGUUGAUUGGUAAGACCAUCAAUCAAGAUUGGAUUGAUGAAUUUCAUGGUUGUGUCAAGGAAGGCAAGGAAGCCUUGGUGUAUCAUGCUACUUCAGGUACCACGGCAGACGAGGAAAUGGGAAUUGGUCAAAUGGAUGAUUUGUUCGGCACUACUACCAAAGUGGGCGACGUUGAAACGGGAAAAUACGAUGUGGCCGUCAAGGUAUUCAAACGAAUUCAAGAAUUCCGCAACCGUGGACAAUACGUCCAAGGAGAUCCGCGGUAUCACAGUCAAGACUUUUCUCAUUCCAGUGGUCGAGCCCAAUUGGAACUCUGGGCCGAAAAGGAAUACCGCAACUUGAUUCGGGCCUACCGGGUGGGGAUUCCCGUACCCCAACCUCUGUUGCAACGCGAAAACGUUUUAUUCCUAAGGUUUUUGGGACAAGAUGGUUGGCCGUGUCCUCAAUUGCGGGAAGUCAAACUGAAACGAAAGUCUCACAAAUGGAUGGCCUUGUAUCAACAAACCAUGGAAGCGAUUCAAACUCUAUAUCAACAAGCACGAUUGGUACAUGGCGACUUGUCCGAGUACAAUCUGUUAGUUUGCCCGAGCCACUUGUUAUUGCGCAAGAAGAAUCCAGAAUCAUCCACAACGAUUGAAGAAGAAUCAUCAUCAGCAGCAGCAGCAAAGAAGAAGAAGAAGGACGAGAGUAGCGACGGCAAGAUUGCCGAUCCAGCGGAAGAAGAAGAAGAAGUGGAGGAGCAAGAAGAAGAAGAAGUAACAGUAGAUGAUGAUCAGAAAAUGCCCGCAUCAUUGGAGGAUGAUUCCAAACCCGCGCCUGAGGAUGGUAAACAAAAGGCUGUGGAAUUUGCAAGCAAGGAUACCAUAAAGGAGGACUCGUCAUCCUUUUCGUACGAUCCCAAUGCCCUUCAAAUUGCACUCAUUGACUUUGGACAAGCCGUCGACAUUCGGCAUCCACAGGCCGAAGAAUUGUUGGAACGUGAUUUGCUACGAGUGAAGCAAUUCUUUGUGAAGAUGGGGAUUGCCAAUACCCUGUCGAAGGAAGCCGCCAUGGCCUAUGUUACUACCGAAGGAGCACCACUGUUAAUCUAA